AUGGGGGGAGUAGUUCUUCAAUGUCCAGCAACCCUCCUAUUCCCCCCCUCACAUCCACAUCCUAUUAUUGUGUGACCAAUACCAUCCAAAUCAUUCUUACUUUCAUUUCCCAAAGUUAUCCGUCUACAAGGAGACCUGUAUAGAUCACAUGAUGGCACCAAUGAGGAUGGAGGAGGACCGGAGUCACAUGACUGAGAAGAUACUAAACCUCACCCUGGAGAUCAUCUACCUGCUGACCGGAGAGGAGGAUGGAGCAGAACCCAGAGCCUCACCAUGGUGCCUCCAUCUCAUUCUCUGAUACCUGAGAGGGAGAAAGAGCAGAAGAUUCUGGAACUGACCACCAUGAUGGUCCAUCAGCUGACAGGAGAGGUUCCUAUAAGGUGUCAGGGUGUCACUGUCUAUUUCUCCAUGGAGGAGUGGGAGUAUUUAGAAGGACACAAGGAUCUCUACAAGGACGUCAUGAUGGACAAUCAGCCGCCCCUCACAUCACCGGGUAAGAGGAGACUUUAUUGU